AUGGAGGAGGAGCAGGAGCAGGAAGAGGGGGAGCAGGAGGGAAAGAGAGAGGGGAGAGGAGGAGGAAAAAAAGAGGAUGAGGAUGACGAGGAGAGGAGGAGGAAGAGGAGAAGGAAGGGAGGAGGAAGUAGAGUAGUGAGGAGAAGAGAAGAAGGAGGAGGGAGAGGAAAGGGAGAGGAAGAGGAGGAGAAGGAGGGUGAAAAGAAGGAGGGAGAAGAGGAGAAAGAAGGGGAGGAGGAAGGGGAGGAGGGGGAGUAUGAGGAGGAAUGGGAAGGCAGAAGGAAGAGAGGGGAGGUGGUGUGUUGGGAUCUGGCAUCAAACACCGAUGGGAGGCGUCGCCAUUACGGAUGA